UGUGAUCAUAUUCUCUGUAGUUAACAGAACGCAUUUUAUCAUCUCUGAAAAAGUCCUGUCGGUUUACAUCUCUCUCUUUCUGAAGUCUUUGUAAAACCUUCGUUUCUAAGCCUCUCUUCGUUUGUGCUAAACCAGAGCAUCCAAAGACGGUUUAAAUCUCUGUCAGGACAAAAGCAAGCCGAUCCGUAGCUCCGAUCUCGGCCUCAUUAUUUUUCAAGGUUGUUCUCUCAAAUUUAUCAAUCUGCAAUGCCAUUGGUGUUGAUCAAUUGAGUGUUGAAGAUCGGCUGAGUUCGAGAUUUUGAUCGUAGAGAGAGAGUGUUUCCAAGUCGUUAAUGGGGGCCGUGCCUUCAACGCCGCGCAGCGGCAGCGCGCGGCCGCAAGACACGGCGGAGUACCUAAUUGGGACUUUCGUGGGCGAGAAAUCGUUCCCUCUCGCUUCAGAUUACUGGCAGAAAUUGCUCGAGCUACCUCUCAAUCUUUAUUGGCCCACUGACCGUGUUCAUCAAGCGUGCGAAGUCUUUGCACAGAAUAACUAUUACACAAAGCACCUUGCAAAAAUCUUGAUUCACUUAGCAUGGUGUUUGCAAGAGCCUGUUUCUACUUCUGCUGUACCGUCCUCUGCUUUUAUGAAGGCCGUUAACGCAAUAUACAUCUCAUCUGUAUUUUUGAAGUACUUAAUUGAAAAUGCCAAAAGCGACCGUGUCGAGGAAUUGUACUUAUCCCUAGAUGAAAGUGAAGAAAUACCAAGUCAUUUUUCUAGAGAUCAAAACAUUGAAAAUUUUGUCAUGCAUAGUGUGCUUGUCUUUCUUGGCAAAGUAGAUGUAAGUCCCAACACAUAUCUUCUGCACCACGAACUGCUCAACUUCUUGCUGGUUGCCAUGUCAACUCAGCUUCUUUCUGGGCCAUCACCAGGACCGAAAGAUGUUCAGCCAUUCAUUGAUGCGGCCAUGGUUCAGGAAUGUUCUUUGGCUGGUUUGGUUGUUCGCAAAUUGCUAGUUAAUUACAUCACCCAACCUCGCUUUCCCUUAAAUAGUGCAUCUUAUACUAUAUUUUCUGAAGGAAAUCAGCCUGGUGUUUUACAGAGAGUUGGGUCUGCAGCUGCAAAUUUUGUGCUUUUUCCAUUUAAUUACUUUGUCAGUACAAGCCCCGAAGCUUCAAGAAGUCCAUUGGCAGAGAGCAGUCUUCAUGUUUUACUUAUUCUCAUUCAUUAUCGGAAAUGUGUUUUGGUAGAAUCCAUGAAAGAUAGAAGUGAUGACAGUGCCACUUCAGAUCUUCUGCUGAAAGAAAAUCCGUAUUUUUCUGAAAACCCUUACUGCAAGGCCUUAGAAAAUGCUAAGGAUACUGAACUUGAUCGCAUGGAUAUUGAGGGGAAUGCACACAAUGGUCCCCUUGUGAGACUACCUUUUGCUUCUCUCUUUGAUAGUCUUGGCAUGUGCUUGGCUGAUGAGACUGCUGUCCUACUGCUUUAUUCUCUGGUGCAUGGGAACUCGGACUUUCUGGAUUAUGUUUUAGUGCGAACUGAUUUGGAUACACUGUUGAUGCCCAUGCUGGAAACACUAUAUAAUGCUUCGAGAAGGACUUCCAAUCAAAUCUAUAUGUUACUGAUUAUCCUUCUUAUACUAAGCCAGGAUUCCUCCUUUAACGCCAGCAUUCAUAAGCUUAUGCUGCCUAGUGUUCCGUGGUAUCAAGAGCGCCUUCUUCACCAGAUCUCUCUUGGUUCUCUGGUGGUCAUAAUAUUAAUAAGGACUGUAAAGUACAACCUAUCUAAGCUGCGGGAUGUUUAUCUCCAUACAAAUUGCCUUGCAACUUUGGCAAACAUGGCACCUCAUGUCCACCGUUUGAGUGCAUAUGCAUCACAGAGAUUGGUUAGCCUUUUCGAUAUGCUCUCGCGCAAGUAUACCAAAUUAGCAGAUCUGAAAAAUAAUGAGAUGCAUAUAAGCAAUGGUGAAUCAAGAGAAGACAGCCUUCCGGAAGAUAUGUCAGCGGAAUUGCAUAUUUAUACCGACUUUCUGAGAAUUGUUCUGGAAAUAUUAAAUGCAAUUCUGACAUAUGCCCUGCCACGGAAUCCCGAGGUUGUAUAUGCAAUUAUGCAUAGGCAGGAGGUCUUUCAGCCAUUCAAGAAUCAUCCACGCUUUAAUGAGCUGCUUGAGAACAUUUUUACAGUCUUGGAUUAUUUUAACAGCCGCAUGGAUGCCCAGAGAAUGGAUGGAGAAUGGUCAGUGGAGAAAGUCCUUCAAGUAAUAAUCAUCAAUUGUAGAACUUGGCGAGGUGAAGGGAUGAAGAUGUAUACUCAAUUACGCUUUACAUAUGAACAAGAAAGCCAUCCUGAGGAGUUCUUCAUUCCAUAUGUGUGGCAGCUAGUUCUGUCUCGCCGAGGUAUCAAUUUUAAUCCCAGGAGCAUAAACCUGUUUCCCAUUAAUCUUCCUAUAGAAGGCAGUUAUACGGAAGACAACAGCAACAAGCAUCAGAAAGGUGGGUUGAAUGAGCAUGGAGUUGAGAUUGACCCAUCACCGCAAGCGCAAUAGAAUACACUACCACCAGAAGACGAACGUGUUUCCGAGUGAAUAUGUGUAUAUAAGUGAAAGGAGAUAUUGUAUUCUUCUCAUUCUUUUAUGUUUAUAAGUCUGAGAGACUGCUAGAGGUCAUUUCUUUAGUUGGUCUGGUAUGUCACCAGUGUAAUAAGAGUGGCUGCCCAAGUCAAAGUUCCAUAAUACAGAGUUACUCAAAGAAGUAGAAUGCUCAUCGUCCAAUUUAUAUGGAAUGUUCCUUUUCUA